AGAGGAUACCGCAAGACCGAGCAGUUUUCCACCAGUUUUCCAUAGGCGUCCACUUUCCUCGCUCUCCGUAGUAAUCCAUCAGAAUCGCACAGCCAAGUUCCAGACUCUGCUUCUCGGAAUCUGGAACAGGAUUUGGGAAAUCUGGUUUUGCACUUAUAAACCAAAGGAACAACACCGCCAUGCAAAUACGAUUGCAACAGCCUCCAUUUUACCAGCAGCCCGCGUGCUAAACAAGAUCCUAGCCUAUCAGAUCGAUUUUUCAAAAUAAAAUCAAGCAAGCAAUCCUCUCCAAUCAAACCAACAAUUUUAAGAGGAAUCCUCCAAUUUGGCAGCGACAAUCUCAUACAUAAAUCCAUCGCCCCAAUUACAUUACUUUCGACGAGUAAGACGUAUCCAUAUCCGUCCGGAAGUGGGAAGGUGAAACGGUUGGCAGUAGUAAAAGAUAAAAAGGGCAUAAAAUUUGCCCAAACUCAUCCCCCAAAAGUGAAAAGUUGCAUGAAAGUAAUAAACAACUCGGCUGAGUGAAAAGUCGUGGUGGAUGGAAAAUGGAAACCCAAAACAAAAACACUUUCACUCAUGGAAUUCAGUGAUUGCAUAACCCAGAGAGCUUUCACCACACUCCUCUCUCGCACAUUAUUGCCUCACCGCUGCCUCAGCACAUAAGUACACAAGUGGUGAAGGAGUGAAGGAGUGAGUGAGUGAGUGAGGGACGGAAGGAAGAAGGAACGAAAAGUAGCGUGACAUGCAAAAAAGACUUUUGCGUCAAGUGAGUGAGUGAAUACCUGACGUUGGAACGUUGCACGAGAGAAGAACAAACGUUACGCGCAUCAGCUGGUGAAAGGGAGCGAGAAUUCCGGGUGUAAAAAUCAAUACAAAACUCACUGUUCCACUUUCACUUCCUCCUCGCUCAUACAAAAAUAUUCGCAAAACUGUACAUGCUUCGGUUCGAAUAAAAUUGUAUGGAAAUUGGAUUUCCAGUGGUCGGAAAUUACCUCGAGUCCGUUAUUUAAAACAGAGAUACUACUUAAAAGUGAGGCAAAAAGCAGAAUAUGUAUAUCAUCGGAGUCGGAUUGAGUUCAUAGUAAAAAAAAAGGAUGACUGCCUUUCUUCUUCCCUUGGCCGUGUUGUUGCCCGUGGUCUGACUCGUUCUUGACGGGGGACGAGAUUGAAUUGCUGUGUAGCUUCUUUGACUUGUCAUUCGUUCCGAGGACAAAGCCCGACUGUUUCCUUGCUUCAAAGUCAGAGAGGAAGAUCAAAGAGUGUCUCAUCAAAAGUGGCAAACAAAAUAAUUGGGACAAAAUUGUGUCUUCAUAUCCAGACAAAAGUGAUCGAAAACUGAAGAUAUAAGACAUAAAAGUCAAGUGUUUGGAGAGAGUCGCGCCGGUAUAUUUGCAGAGAGUGAAUAAUUCUGCUGGAAGAUCCGACCGGAAAACACGUCCGGAUGAUGAAAGUUCCUCCGUUGAGUCUGGUUGGGAUGGAAAGACUUCCUCUUCCGCUCCCAUUCAGCCCUGAGCUCCUCUGGAGAUACAACCCCCUCGGACCACCCUCACACCACCAUGGACCACACCCACCCAACUCUGCCGCCGCUGCCGUUUUUUCCAGGGCGGCCGCAGCCGCCGCGAGCAUCCCCUCCCCACUUGCACAACAGCUACCCUUCGCCUACGACAUUAAACACACAAUCCCAUUAAAUCUAGCCAGUGACCCCCGUCUUUGGACGAGAGAGGAUGUGAUGACCUUUAUGCAAUGGUGUGAAAGGGAGUUUGACCUCCCGUCUUUUGACACGGAGCGAUUUCAGAUGAAUGGAAAAGCUCUCUGUCUUCUCACCAAAGCUGAUUUGGAGUCUCGGGCACCUUGUUCUGGGGACGUGAUUCACAAUGCGCUUCAAAUUCUUAUGUCGUCAUCGCCAUCUGAGUCGCCUUUGACCCCUCACACGCCAUCUUCCCAUCGCAUGCACCCGUUGUCAGGAAAAGGAGCAUGGAGCAUAGCGGAUUUACAACACUUUGCAGCCUCUCAACAACAAGGAACCACAUCAGUGACACUCAGUCCAGCUCCUUCAUUGGAUGGUCAAGCCGGAAGUCCACAAGAGCACGGAAGUGCUAACAAUGGAGUCCACUCUUCAUCCUCAGCUUCCUCAUCCAAUGGAUCCGCUGGACACAACUCCGACGACUCCGAAUAUGACAGUGUGGGAGAGAGUCCAGAGAGAUCACCCGUGAACCAAUCUACCGGCUCCUUAAGCCCACCCCCACGACCUGUAUCCAAUGCACAUAAUCACCCCCAUGGUGGUUCUCAACAACAGCAGCUCACAUCGAAUGGAACCAAUAACCACCAAAGUACUCAUCUCCAUGCAAAUUCCAACGGAACCACUGCCCAACAGUCAACUGCCAACUUGAGUAGCAACAAGUCAGUGUCGUUCCCUCAAGGGGGAGGAGGAAAGCUGACCAACAAUUCCAACAAUGAUGGAGGAGAAUAUAAUAACAAUGGAAGACUUUUAUGGGACUUUCUUCAGCAAUUGUUGAAUGACCCAGCUCAGCGCUAUAGUAGUUUUAUCACUUGGAAAAAUGUAGAAACGGGGAUUUUCAAAAUUGUCGACCCACCUGGUCUUGCAAGACUUUGGGGUAUCCAAAAGAAUCAUUUAUCUAUGAAUUAUGACAAAAUGUCCCGAGCUCUGCGAUACUACUAUCGUGUCAACAUUCUCCGCAAGGUUCAAGGGGAGCGACACUGCUACCAAUUCUUAAGAAACCCCGGUGAGCUCAAGAGCAUCAAAAACAUUUCCAUGUUGCGACACCAAAAUUCUCCAGUGUCAAUGACUGUCAAAGCAGAAACCCACAACUUUGGAGAAAGCGAGUAUGAAAACUUGUCCAUGUUGAGACAUCAAACCUCUCCAGUGUCCCUCACAAGGAAGUCAUUGCCCUCUGGAGACUCUGUCUCGUAUAAUGACAAUGACUACGAAAGUAGUUUGUCAAUGCUUCGCCAAACACAAAGUUCUCCAAUGUCUUUGACUACAAAAUCUUCAAAGUCAAGUUAUGAGGAUCAUGACGACCAGGAUGACCAACCCGUCCAACUCACCGUCAAGAUGGAGCCUAGCCAAUUCAUUAACGAUGAUUAUGAAGAUGUUCCAACAGAUUUGAGUAUGGAUACCACGGAUCGUCACAUGAAGGAUAAAGACGACGAUUAACACGAGUCCUUCAUUCGUAAUAAUAGUUAUCUAUAUGAAUAUGUCUUGUCGCAAUAAGCUUCUGUUAAAUAGAUACCCGAAAGUGUAAAUAAGUUCAGAGUAAAGAAAUGAAUGGUGAUGAAUGAUGGUAUCCUUUCCUUCUUACAAAAUACUUGAAGUACCUUAAAAUUUGUUAUUAUAGUACGAAGAUUCAAUCAAUAUCUACCAGCCCAACACAGAGAGUAGUAGGACAGUAUUGGAAAGUAGAAUUUUUCUGUUUCAUGAAUUACACCACUGUAAUAGUUAACAGUUAACUAACCAACUUCGCAAAAAAAACACGACUCAUAUUUUACUACCAUGCAAUGAUUUCAUUUCUAAUCAACGGAGAACAUUAUGUAACAAUCAAUAUAUAUUAAUCCACUGCAUGCCAGAAAGACUGGAAGCAGUAUUUAUUAUUGAAUAGGUGGUUAUGAUGCGUUUAGUGCCAUAAAUUGUAUACCUUCCCACACUCAUUAAUUAAUGGGACGAGAGUUAGAUCAAUCAAACCCAAGUUUUCAUCGCAAUCGCAACACUCUAAAACCUAUGACAAUCCCUAGAUCCCAAUCCUUACUGGAAGGCAAUGCAAAAUAACGAAUACAAUCGCUCAAUUCCAAGUAAUUUAUAAAAAAAAUAGCGAAACAAAUGAUUCGCGGUAUAUCUUAAAACAUUUAUUUCACAGUGCACAACUUGCAUUGGAGUUUUUUUCCUUUGUUCAAAUCGAAGACAGUCCGACACAAUACGUAUUUGCUAAAAUAUUUGCCUUAUUUAGUUGAAAUUGAAAACCAAAAUUGUUUACUAUACAACGAACUGAUAUCAUUUUCUUUGGUUUCACAGAAUUGUGUAUAUAUAGUAAAUAUUAAACUUUAAAUGUUGUACAACAAUCGAGCAUUCAUAGUAGUUCCGAGUAUUAUAUACACACACCUAGCUUUGAAUUUUAACUUGGAAAUGUGUCUUUCUCUGUCCCCCUGUUCCGUACAAGCUAUUCAAGUAAAAUCCGGGUGGGCACUACUAAUGGGAGAAUGAGUUGCGAGCAAAAAUUGAGGAUAACAUUGAGCAGUUGGCGUCGGUAUAAUGCGAAGCAAGACCAGAUUCUUGUAAAACAAUUUGAUCUUACACCUAGAGUUAGGGUUUAUCGAUGUACAGAUACUUAUGUAUAAUGUAUUUAGUUAGGUAUAGAUAAAAUAUAAUAAUGUAACAGCCGUAUAUAACUGCACUAAGUUAUUACAAUUACGUAACGAUCUUAGUAAAUUCUUGUACGAAUUGUACAGUUGUGUAUAUGUACAUAAAAAACCCACGUUUAGUCUUUAUGCAGAUUUAUAUCGAAAGAGUCAAUAUUUUGUCUUUCUAAGUUGUUCACCCACCCACAUCACACUCAAUCAGUGAGCGUUAUACCUGUAUUUGUAAAUAAUAAAAAAGGUAAUAGUGUAAAAAAAACUGGAAGUAAUUCUAUAUUCCCCAUUACCUGUAGUAAAUAAUUUAGUACUCUGACUCUCCUGAAUGACUAUCAUCGACCAAGAAAAUAUUUUACAAAUGUCUAUGUGUAUCAGUAAUGGGUAGGAGUUUAUUACCUAUGAAAAUGAUAAUCAUUACUAUGCGUGCGUAUAUCUGUUAUACAUACAUCACAAACAAAUCUAAUCCCGGUUGAUUACUUGAAUACUUUAGGAAAAUUAUAUAACGUUUUGUGAAGACAAUGAAUUUUAUCAUUUUUCAAAAUUUUGUAACAAAUUAUGAUAAGUUCUCCAUUAAUACUAUUGUUAUUAUACUAUUGUUAUUAGUAAUUCCUACUACUAUACACUGUGUGUACUACUUACUUACUAUUACUACUCAAGGUUGAUAAUUAUUUAAUUUUCGUGCAAAUUUACUCAUAUACGGUACGGUAGUAUGAUGAUGGUGGUGUACAUUCAAAGUCGAAUAGUAUAAUACUGAUCAUACUUUCUUUGUCUUCUGUUCUUGUAUUCUUGGAUACCAUUUAGAAAAAAUGUGAGUUUAUAUACCUACAAAUACAAACCAUAAAUACCGUGAUAGGCAAUCUAUAGUUUUGUUAUAUACCAAACUUUAAACCACUGUAUGUAUUAUUACGAAAAAGUGAUAGAAUUUAGGUAAAUUGUAAGAUUUUGAUGGGUAAACCUCAGCUACAAAGCUUCUAAUAAUCAACUAAUUAACGCACUAAAUGUUGACCUUCAAUUUUUAAUGCUGUUGAGUUGUGAGAAUGGAGACAAUGUCAGUACAAUCAUCAUCAUCAUCGAAACAUUAUUACAUUAUUGUGGUUUGUCUACAUAUAUGCGACUAAGUUUUUUAGCCACCGAUAACCAACUCCACUUUUCUCCACUGUCUCCACCUUUGGAACACUACUGCUGCUGAAUAAGUUGAUUUAUACUGUGGGAAGGGGGAUUUUUUUGGGGGGUGGGUGAUAGGGCUAUGCAUUGAAUCUAGAAACUUUUUGAUUGAAAUUGUGACUAUGCAGUGGAGAAAGUUGGUUAAAAAUUUACCUUAAGUCUGAACUCUAAUUACUUUUGGAAGUGCAGUUAGUGGAAUUAAAUAUACGUAUGAAUGAAAAAAAUUAUGAUACAACCAACCAAGUUUUGUAACUGGGGAUUGCUUUCCAAUAAUUCGUUAACGAAAACCAAACUGCAAAAUGCUUUCUUUUUUCCAAGCUACUAACUGAUGUCUAAAUAUAGUAGUAAUACCUAAUAAACAUAACUUUAUAUAUGUACUAUGAUUAGUUAAGUCUCUAGUAUGAUAACAAAAAAUAAAGUGAGUUGUGCAUUCCAAUUCAGAUGAUGAAACUUAAUUAACGGAAUUAAAUAAAACGUGAUUGUCAAA